AUGAAAACUUAUAAUCGUUAUAAAGUGUAUUCUAAAUGCCAAUGUGAUUAUUUUGAUUUAUCAUUAAUAUGUAAAUAUUGUGAUAUAAAUUGUAUUCGUUCAUAUACAAGAUGGAGUGAUGAAUAUUUAUUAUCUGAUAUAAUUGGUCUAUUUGAAUUUGGAACUUAUCGAUUUUUAGAAGAUUCUGAUAAUAAUAAUAUAUCUGAAGACAUAAAUGAAUUACAAUUAGAUGAUAUGAAACGUAUGAUCGAAAUUCAUGAACAAGAACUUAUCUAUGAACAAGUAGUACUUGAUAAAAAUAAAAUACUAGCUAAUUGGUUUACAAUACCAACAAAUGCAGAAAAAGUUAUUAAUGAUAAACAAAAAUUUUUAAAAAAAUACAAAGGAAAAAGAUUUUGGCAUCUACUUACAUUCUAUUAUUAUAAACCUAGUGGGGCAGAAAAAUCUGAAUGGUUUUUAGAAUUAUUUCAUGAUAAACUUUAUGAUAAACCAAAGAAGCAACAAACAAAUAGUUCAUAUUGGAAUAGAUAUAUUGGACAGAAAAUAGUUUUAAUCAAUAAAUUUUACACAAAGAUUGAUUGGAAUAAAAUGAUAAAUUUAUUAAAUGAUUCUUGUUUUGAAGUUGAACAUAAAUAUGGGGAGUUUGAACCUUUUUUAGCUAAAUAUAUUUGUUUAACAGCAACUAAACUACCUGAAGAAGCUUAUAAUUUCAGACAAUAUGGUGGAGAAGAUGAUAAUAAAAAAGAUUAUAACCAAUUCAAAUGUAGACUUGAUUAUAUAAUCAGAUUUGAUGAAAAAUGGAAUGAUGAUCAGAAAAAAAAAACUACACAAAUUAUAUUCGAAAAAGAAGAUGAGGAUAAAUUUAGAAAUAUGUUAUGGGAUGUUAAAUAUCGUAAUGGAGAAAAUUCUAUUGAAGAAAUUAUAGAAAAAUUUAAAAAAAUUAAUAUGAGAAUUGAGAGAGAAGAAAUUAUUAUUGAAAUUGAAGACAUUUUUAUUGAAUCCAUUAAACGUCUUGAAAAAAUUAUCAAAGAAAAGGAUAUUAUUAUACAAGAUACUGUUAACCAAUAUAAAAAAAUUAGUCAAAAUACUAUUAGUUAUAAUAGAUUUAGUGAAUAUAAUUCUAAUGAUAGUGGUUAUAAUAGUUAUGAUGAAUAUGAAGAAUUAAUGCGAGAUAUUCAUAAAGUUACUAGUGAAGAUA